GUCACUUUGCGACGCGACGCCGAGCCGCCUGCUCGUGUCGUCGGCCUCGUUACAGAUCGUGAUAUAAUCGUGGGACCGAUCGACAGACGGUUAUCGAUCAUUGAGUGCGGAUGAUCUAUGAAUCGGUCAGCGAUCGCUCCGAUGACAUUCAUGUGAUAAUUUACGAAACUGUAGCGUUGUGUUGAAAUGCACGCAGAUGCAUCAUCUGCGAUAAAUGUCACUAAUAACCGAUCAGUUUAAGAGAUGAUCGGAUGAAGACUUUGUUGUCACUAGAGUUCAUUUGCAUCAGUGUUUGUUUUAAGAAUCAUUCCGGUAUGUCUUUAUCGUUCAACCGCCAUUGAUCUUUCAAACGGUUUGAUCUAUGACUCGUUCGAAACAGUGCCGAUAGAGAGAUUAUUAUAUCGAUUACAAGUGGAUAUUCGGUUAGUGUUGCUAUCAAAAAGACAUAAUCUCAUCAGUAUGUGUUAGAGAUCUACAGUGAUCGCAGGAUAUGGCAGCUAUGCAUUACAACGCGCAGAUGGUCUCGGAAGAUUUGCAUCAGCAUCCACGGCACCUCUACAAUCUCCAACAGAGACUCCAGGAUUCCGGAUCUUCGCCUAGAUCGGAGGAUGCCAGAUCGCCGCUGAACAGUCGAGUGAGAUCGCUCGAGGAAAUGCGUUUCGUGGACGCUAGAUCACCGGACGUGUCAGAAGAUAGAGUAAUCAGGUACCACGACGACGCUGGAAAGCAUUUCUCCAAGGACCACGUGAGUCCUGCUUUUUUUCAGGACUCGGAGAACCCUUCUAGAAAAUGUUUCAGCGACGAAAUAGCGACAAAUCGUUGCCGUGAGUCGGAAACCUCCCCCGGAAGAACGUCCUCGCCACAAAAUUACAUUCUCAGCUCGUCCAAUCAGCACAGCAGCUCCAUCGGCAAGACAUCCUUCUGCAUCGACGCGCUGCUCGGUCGUGCUACGAAGCAGAAUGAAAUAGAACAGUCAUCGGCCGAUCGACAGAAAGCGUUCUCCAGAAGUCACGGGGUCCAAUCCGAUAAUCUGAAUCUUAGUAGCAUUCAGGAACGGGAAUCCCCCAGCGCCAUAAGAUGCCCUGGAGACCAAAGGACAACCUUGGGAAAUCCCUUGAAUCCUUUCGUUCAGCAUCAUGAGUCCGAGUCGCCCAGUCUGGAGGCUCGGGAUAGACAUUCCGCCAGUCGCGAGACCGUUCUUGGUCUUCAUACCGGCGAAUCCGGCGUAUCUAUCCAAAGAGGCCAAUUCAGGCCCGAAACGGGGACCAGCAACUACCGGAACGACCGGCUGGAGAACGUCGAGGACGACACGUCUGUUGACGUCGAUCCGACGCGGACCGGAAGCGCCAGCCCCGGAAGCAACGCGAGCCGCAGUGCCGCUUCCAGUCCUCCUAUAUCUCCCGGUUCGGAGGAUCCGUCCAGUAACGGCAUCCUGGGCCAUCAGAGUCUUGCGUCUGGGCCUUAUGGCGUAAGCGCGAUGGUCAGGCAAAAUCAGGGCCUCCUACUGCAUCCCGCGGGACCACUUAUCCAUCCAGGAGGAUUGUACUAUCAUCCAGCCGGCGGCAGCGCUUUCCACUCGAUACAUAAGGAGGGUCAGCCAGUCGGUCAUCCCCAAUCCGGAGGGCCUCAUCCUCAGCAGCAUCACAUUCAUCCACUUCAGCUCGAGUGGUUCGCUCGGACCGGCAUGUUGUAUCCCAGAUUACCUGCAGAUUUAGCCGGCUGCGCGGCACAACAUGCAUUGCUGGGCAAGACCAGAAGGCCAAGGACAGCCUUCACGUCCCAGCAGCUUCUCGAAUUAGAAAAGCAAUUCCGACAGAAUAAAUAUCUCAGCAGACCGAAGAGGUUUGAAGUCGCGACGUCGCUGAUGCUCACGGAAACGCAGGUGAAGAUCUGGUUUCAAAAUCGCCGAAUGAAAUGGAAGCGCAGCAAAAAGGCGCAACAGGAGGCUCGUACGAGCGGUAAAGUCGAAGAAACCGGAAGCGCGAGAAGUGCCGAACGAGAUACCGGAAGUGACAUUAGCGUCAACGCACCUGGAACACCGGAGGAAUCCAGAGGAACGCUCCAGGAAAGUCAGAGAACUGGAACGGACCUUCAAGAACCUUUGUAUCGGCCUUACGUGGUUUAAAGAACCAAUAGAGGCACGUUUAAUCUUUGGAAGACCAACAUUUUUCAAAAUAAACUU